UGGCCUCCUCUCGUUUGUAAACUUUCUUAUGUUCUUAUGUUCUAAUUCAAGGUUUACAUGGGAUGCUAGUUUAACUGAAACGGAGAUUGUAUUUUAUAUAAACAGACGGCCGUGUGUAGGUUAGGAUGGAGAAUCUGGGGGACUCAGCGUUUCGGAUUAGUUCCACGGUGCGGGCUCUGAGCUCCGCGCUGCGAGGAGAGUCGCGCAGCGCGGCCGGCUCGGAGGCACCGGAGGUCGGCGUGGGCAGCUCCAGUGUCCGGGGUGGGUACCCAUGGUUCAAGGAAAGCAGUGCUAAAAACCUCCGGAGCGGAGACUUUAUCGCGCCUUCCGCGGUGCUCAACAAACUGUUCCCGGACGGGCAGGUCCCAGAGGAGGCAGUACAGGAAGUGAUGUCAGUGCAAGGUGGGGGGUGCUUCCUGUGCAGAGUUGUGUGGAGGGACUGGCUGGGCUGCAGGUUCCGGUGGACUGGCCUACAGUAUUCCGGAAGGCUCUGAACGAGUUCCCAUGUUACCUGAGGCCCGGCUCGCAACAAGCCGGGGAGGGGAGGGGGGUGCUGUUGAACUGCAGCGCCCUGCAAGGGGUGCCAGUGAGGCCAGAGGAGCUCACACUGAGUCAUCCGAGAGCCCUGCUCAUCACAGACCACCUGGGAGAACUGC